AUCACACUUAGAUUGUUUAUCUUACAACCAGCAUGAUCAUCUACGAACAGGUGCAAAGGUAUCUAACUUUUUUUUUGUUUUCCAAUAAUCCUAUCAAAUAUACACAAAUCAAAUCUUCAAAGCGAUAAUCAGUUUCAAUAUCUCCAUUUAUAGUCUUAUUUUCAAUUGAAUAUUCUACUUUAAUUAAUUUAAGAAUAAUAUUUUUAUAAAACUUACUAGAUUUGUUGCUACUGAUACACCCAACUAGUUUCCAUGAUUACCAAAUCUGUGAAUAAAAAUAGCUGAAAGGGUGUUACGUGAUUUGGAAAAUUGGGUCCUCAGUAGAAUGAGUUGGGCUUUUAAUGUGAUUCAGUACCCUAGUUUUAGUGAUUGAGAUUUAAGAAAGAGGAAUGGUUAUUUAAGAUUCAGGUGAUGGUAGACUUGUAGUGUUCAUGCUAGAUGUUGGAGCUAUAUUAAUGGAGGACUUCCCCAAUCUUAUCAGCAGCAAUUUUAUUUCUUUUCUACCGUAUUAGUUUAUCUUGGAUUUUUUGUGUUUGUACUUCAAUUUUCUUAUCUCGUAAUUAACUCUAUUUUACAUGAGAAGAUUAUGAAUACUCUUGGGCUUGAUUUUAGAAGUCACCGUUAAUGGUAAUUUCAAAUUUUCACUCGGUUUGAUACCGAUCGGAUCAGUUAAAAAACCAGUUAAGCUUUUAACCGUGUAAGGAUGUGAUAUCAUUUAAUUAAUUUUUGAGGAUAUUUUGGUAACAAAUCAGACAGUCAAAGUUAUUCAAUGGCGCAAAUACAUCAACGUUCAGGGAUUAUAACCCGGAACAAAUUUGUGGUGCUGGUGGGCGCAACUUGAAUCAAAAAUACUCAACCAGCUUCACGUCUAGUUUGAUUGAGGAAGAAGUUCGGUAAAAUCCUCACAAGAAGCCAAGGAAAAUUGCAGAUGAUUUCCAGACCAACUCUGGAAUUACCAUUGAGUAUUAUCAGGACUAUAAUGAUUGGAAAAAGGUUUAUGAGACCAUUUAUGGCGACGAUGUGAAGUCAUACUCGCACUUGGUAUGGUAUAUUAAUGCUAUAAGGGAAACCAACCCUGGUAGUGUGAUUGAUUUUGAAUAUGAUCCUGCAAAGAAACAGUUCCAACGAAUUUUCAUCUCGUUUGCCGCAUGCAUCAAAGGGUACCGAUUUUGUCGGCCAAUGGUAUACUUGGAUGCUACUUUCCUUACUGGUAGAUUCAGAGGUUGCUUGAUGGCAGCUACUGGGAUCAAUGGUGGUAAAGUCGGUUCUGAGAAUAACGACAACUGGGAGUGGUUUUUAAGGAAUUUGAUUCAAGUUGUUGGCGAUGGGAGGCCAAUCACCUUCCUUUCGGAUCGCCAUGAAGGACUCUUGUGUGGUGUUCCACUUAUCUAUCCAGAUUCGUUCAACAUCUUCUGCUACUAUCAUUUGAAGAAUAAUCUUCCCAUUACUGGCUCAGAUCCUAGGUACACGCUUGUGCUGGACCAUUUUCAAGAAGCGACAUAUGCACUCUCACCUGAAAACCAUGCUAAGGCCAUACCGAAAAUUAGAGAUUUGAAUUGUUAUUGGGUGGCUGAUUACAUCGAGACCAUCCCAUCUGAAUCAUAUGUGAAUGCCUUUUUCAAAGAUUUUCGGUAUGGACGCACAGCUAUUACUCUAGGAGAAUCAUUCAAUAGCUGGAUUCUUGUUCACAAGAAGAUGCCUGCAUCUUCUCUUCUUGACCAGGAGGAAAGUAAUGGUAAUGAUGGCAGACCGUCGUAGUGAUGACGCUGAUAUGAUGACUCCAUUAACUCCAGAGCAUGAGGAAAAGAUUGCGGCUCUUCAAGAUGAAGGUUUGGCUUGGCAAGUAUUGGUUGCUAGUCCUACCGUGUUUGAAGUUUUUAGCGAAAGUAUUCACAAAGUGGACCUCGAACACAUGACUUGCACCUGUCAAAGGAUUAUUAUUAUUAUUAUUAUUAUGAAACGUGCCUCUGAGGGCUUUUAUUGAAAAUAGGAAAAAUAGUAAUAUUACAUGGAAGGUGUUGGUAACCUAGCUACAAGCUGAGAACCAACACAUCUUAUUAUUAUUAUUAUUAUUAUUAUUAUUAUUAUUAUUAUUUUUAA